AUGGCGUCCGACCGGGUGAACGUUACGGACUUCACACUGAAAUAAGCAUGUUUUCUGUUAAUAUUGAUUAAUCUUGGGCUUUAUAUCUUUGUUGAAAACUUUUCACCUUCAACACUAGCAGAAACAUGCCUGUCUCAACAGAGAAGGAUUUUGUGUUUAAGUUCAGUUCCAAAGGAUUGGAUUCCAAGCUAACUAUCCCAGUGAUGAUACCUCUACGUCAGCCUGUUAGCGACUUGGUGGGACGUUUGAUUAAAGCACAUAAUCUGCCUUGUUAUGUUGAGGAUGAGCUGACGCAAUCUUUAGCGGACUUUGUAUCCAAAGAAACCAGCAGACUACAUGAUAAAAAUGCCAUGGAUGUCAUCAAUAAAGUGAAGACUGGAGAAGUGAAUGUGGACCAACUUGUGGAGAAAUGGACCAAAACUUUCUCAGAGGAAGUCAAAGAUUUUGCUGAGCCAGAAGAAGUGACAAAUGAGCAAGUGUUCAGCGAUGUCUACCACACCCUCAUCCACUCUCCAGCAUUGGAGACACUCCUUAAUCUUGAACAUACAUACGCUUUAUCCAUGGAAGAUCUCAUAGAACAGAGAGAUAAAGAUCUUCAACAUUUGGAAGAAAGACAGAGUGUUGAGAUGGAAGAGGCUGUUCAGAGUGUGGGCUCUACCUACACAGAUGAUCAGAUAAACCAGCUGGCUCAGAGACACUUUGACAACACACAGCUGAUCAGCAGUAAGUGGGCCAGUGAGCUAAGCAAUCUGCAGGAGUUACAGAAGCGUGAAUACAGAGAGUGGGUGAUGAAGGUGCAUGAGGACACCCAGGCCAACACAACAGCACCAGGAUAUGUUCAACGAGUUCGUACCCUAACCAACAGUAUGCCAGAAGCAGAGGCUGAUGAGAGACAGGGGCAGACAUCUUAUAGACUGGAGGAAAGUUUUACCAUUCAUCUAGGAGCUCAAAUGAAGACAACUCACAAUCUCCGUCUACUGUGUAUGGAUGUACUAGAUCUUUGUAGACACCAAGCAGUUACUAUUGGCGGUGUGAUGGUGCCCCAGCCACAAAGACUACAGACAGCCAUGUCCCUGUACUCUAACUCUCUGUGUGGUCUUGUCCUCCUGGUGGAUAACAGGCUCAACACCUACACAGGACUCAAGAGAGCAUUUAACCGCGUGUGUGAACAGUCAUCAGAUUUCCACUUCCCUGACCUGGAGAAACAGCUGCAGAAUGUAGAGCAGCAGGUGAUACGAGCGAAUGACUGGAGACAACAGCAGCGACUAUCAGAGGAAGGGGACAAGAUCAGUGUGCAGAGCAGCGGCAGUAGUUCUAGUGACGGUCAGGAUAAAAGUAGUCGACUGUACACAGGAGAUUUCUACAUAACACGCCAUUCCAACUUGUCAGAGGUGUCUGUGAUAUUCCAUCUGGUGACAGACGACAGCGUGAGGUCCUCAGACAUCUCUUCUCGUCACCCAGUCAUCCUUUCUCUUCGCAAUAUUCUGAAGGCCUGCUUCAGAUACGACAUUCACACCCUUACCAUCCCUCUCCUCCUCACACACGAGAUGUCUGAGGAAAUGACCAUUCCUUGGUGCCUAAAGAGGGCAGAGCUGGUGUUCAAAUGCAUGAAGGGUUUCAUGAUGGAGAUGGCUACAUGGGGAGGGCAGGAGAGCAGGACGAUACAGUUCUUAGUGCCUCAGGGUUUAUCAGAGGAGAUGUUUGGCACCAUCAGCACCAUGCUGCCUCAGAUAUUCAGACUGUCUAACCCCGUCGUAGUCAAGUCCUCUUAGAUGAAUCCAUGCAGCCUCUAAAGUUAUGCUCACGCCAAAACUGCACAGCAGACUACACGAUACAGAAACAGUCAUGCAUUCAUGCACUUUGGCAUAUUUUGUCAUGCCAUUUACAACUGAAUUGAAUGGAAAGACCAGUUGAGAUGAGGGUGACAGAAAACAGUUUAGAUUUAACACUGAACUGCUGAGAGGUAGUCAAGAUCUAGAUUGGGUUGCCCCCCUC